GUUCCUCUCUGACCUUCCUCCCCUGCAGGCUGGAAAUGCGGCCUGUUGUUGGGUUUUGAUGCAGGCUCAAGUAAACACGUGUUAACAACAAUGUGCUUCGAUGGCCCAUCAGAGAAGCUACAAGAGAGCGCAGGGACGCUUCUCAGUGGGAGGUCUGUUGUACUCCUCAGCUUCCGAAUCGCCCUUUUCUCACCUAACGAGCGCACACACAAGUCCUCUGAUAACUCAGACAAAGGACUGUUAAGUGAAGUGGGGGGUGGCUUGGAAAGUAAAGAUCUUCUGGUGUAAAAGUAGCCAAACAGAGCCUACCUGGGCGUGCUAACACAGGUCCGAAUGUGGCCUUAACGAAGAUAAACAUGGAUUUUACGCACCAGACUUUUACGCACAGCGGGACGCGGUUGUAAAAGUUCUCCUGAUUGUGUUUAAGGGGCGUUGAGGCGGAUCUUUCAUGUCCGAGACCCUGCAGACACUCGGCCGGUGUGUGUGUGACCUGAGGCCCGGUGUCUCCCUUCUCAGAUGUUGGGUAGAAAAUGGAGUGUGUGCCUUUAAGGCGCCCGACUGCCUGUCGCUUUCUGCUGCGGAGAGACUGACGCCCUCUGGACACAGUGGACACUUGAGCGGCGGCAGAACACCAUCCUGGAGAAGUUCAAAGAGAAAACAGGCACACUCCCUCUUUAAAAGCAGAGCCAGGGACUUUUUACAGAGUUGUGGUGUUUCCAGUUUUGCCGUGCUGGUGAGCCGUCAGGAUGAGGCCCGGUCAGCUGAUCCUCCCUGCCACCGCCGCUCUCCUCUUCCUCCUCUCAGGCCUGACUCUGACCUCCGGCUGCAACAAGGCCCUCUGCGCCAGCGACGUCAGCAAGUGUCUCAUCCAGGAGCUGUGCCAGUGUCGUCCGUCAGAUGGGAACUGUUCAUGCUGUAAGGAGUGCAUGCUCUGUCUGGGGAACCUUUGGGAAGAGUGCUGCGACUGUGUGGGGAUGUGUAACCCCAAGAACUACAGCGACUCUCCUGCCACGUCAAAGAGCACAGUGGAGGAGCUGCAUCGUCCGAUCCCCUCGCUGUUCCGCGCCCUCACAGAAGGCGAAGCGCCGAUCAACAUGAUGGUGGUGUCCUUUCCUGUCGCUGAGGAGCUCUCUCAUCAUGAGAACCUGGUGUCCUUCCUGGAGUCGCUCGACAGCCCGCACCAGAAUGUUUCUGUGCCUGGAAACAGCAUCCACGCCAGCUAUGACAAUCAAGACGGCAUGUGCACAGUGGUCUACUUUGACGACUGCGUGUCUAUUCGUCAGUGUAAACUUUACUGUGAGUCAAUGGGAGGAUCCAAGUACCGCUGGUUUCACAACGCCUGCUGCCAGUGCAUCGGACCUGAGUGCGUGGACUACGGCAGCAAAGCUGUGAAGUGCAUGAACUGUCUCUUCUAAAGUGCGGGCACAUAUUGGUACCAAAUGUCUGGGCCUAACCAGAGGACUGAGGGCUACGAGAGGAAACUAUGACUGUCAUGUGUUAGCAUUCCUCACCUACCUUGUAAAAUACCCCCUGCCCCCCUUCCUACUCCUGCAAAUUGUUUUUAUUCUGCUGUUUGUUUCACUGUAUAUUUUUAGAUAUGUUUUCAAUAGUGUUUUUUACUAGAGGUGUAUAUGAAUAAUGUAUUUUUGAACUAUUGUCGGCUAAACCCUAGUCUUCUGCCAAAUAAAGAAAAGUUUGGUGACGUGGA